GUUAAAAAUGAUCACAAAUUUGAGCAUGGCUAGGGUCUCAUUCGGCUUAAUUAUAGCCGACUAAUAAAUGUCAAAAAAAAAAAAAUUGAUGGCAGAUUGUAAUCCUGAAAGGAUUAUAUGAAACAUGAAAGAACUAAAAUUAUUUUCCAUUUAUGUUUGUAUUAAAAAAAAUAGUUUGAAGGGAACGUAGUUUGUGUCAUGUGACAAAUAGAGAUUAGACUGUACAGAAAUUUAAAUCUACACUCUAAUAGUCACGCAUGUUAAUGUUGUUAACAUUAGUAAUUUGAGAAUAAAGUACAAAAAUACUAAUAAUCAGCAGGUUUUGAUGUGAUGUGAGCUCAUUGAUCGUUGGAUGUAAUCACCACGUUAGCACAAUUUAUUGUAAUGCCUUUUCUCUCAGUUGGUCAGAUCAAAGUGUGGCAGACCUGUUACUUACCUGUUUAUUUGGGCCAUAUUGCAAGACGUAGUUUACAAUCUGUGAUUACUAAGCACAGGAUUGACAUUGGAAAGAUACACAGUCACCUCAAAACAUGAGACUCAUCCGCUCCGGAGCACAACCCACGCACGGGAUAUGAUUCCGCAUGGAACUGCAACACCAGGUUUUCAAACACAGACGGCGACGAAGAGGUUACAGACUGCAGCCUUAAACGAUGGGAGGUUCUUUUCUCGCGUUAUAUUGCUGUACCCAGUAGGUGGCGACAAGUGACUUUGCGAGUGAGUCACUGAAUCGUUUAUUCAAAACACUGAUUCGUUUAGAACCGAACAGCUUGCUGACACGAUGAUUGUUCUGUUGCCGUUUAGUUUAAUACAACGUUUGUCGGCGACAUGGAAACCGACGGCAAAACCAUCGAUAUUGACUGUAACAUGUGCUACACAGCCUAAUACGUUUAAUCGCAAUUCUGCUUCAAGCUAAAAAUAGAUUACCAAGGAAAAUGAAGAAUGUUUCUUUUCCUCCCCUUGAUGUCAUUGUUUCGUAUUGAGUCAUAUUUAUUUUAUUAGGCCGUGUUAUGGAAUGUUGUAGUUAUGGCUUGGUGAAGAAAUAAAAAGAUAAUUCGUGUAAGCAGACGUUAGCCAAAUGGAAGAUCUAUUAAACGAUCUGAUAUCCAGUUGUGCGCUGAGAUACUCUGUCGGAGUGAGGCACAAGGUGGAUGAGCCACAAAUGCUGACAUGAAGCAGAUUCGGAGGAUUUCAUGUUUGCAUCAGUUUGUAAGUCUAUGAAAGUUAAUCAUACUACUGCUCGCCUUUCGUGACACUUGAGCUAAAACUGAACAACGUUUCAUCAUGAUUGCGUCAACGCUGUGUUUGGAUUUGGUAUUUAUACUAUGUAUAGCUUCCCAAUGCCAAAGUGAAAUUCCACCCAUGACAGAUGGAUCAUGUUCACCAGGAUAUUACAGAGUAAAAGAAGACUUAUGUGAAAUGUGUGGAAGCGGUUUUUAUACGGAUUUACCAAAUAAUCUGACAUCUUGUUUGAGAUGUACAUUAUGUGAUGGUAGCGCUAAUGAAGAAGAGAAUGUCAACUGUACAGCAACACAGGACAGAGUCUGCAUUUGUAAAUCUGGGUUUUACCAGAAUAAUAAUCACUGUAAACCCUGUAAGAGUUGCCAAAACUGCGCGGCAUGUUUCAAAUGUAAAAAGAAUUGUAACCAAAAAACAGCUAAAACCACAGCAGUAGUGUGUGAGACUGGAUAUUUUCCCGAAGGUGGACAGUGCAUAAGCUGUGUUAAGUAUAAGUGCAAGAAUGAAUCCUGCAAAUCAUUUUGUUCAUCUAUAACACAAGAACCAUACCCGCUGUUGCUGGUGGUACUGGUCACUGUGACCUUUUUAGGUGGUCUACUCUCGUUUCUUCUCAUCUGGUUCUGCAGACGGCGAUGGCUUUGCUGCCAAGCCAGAAUCUGGCAUGUUGGCAAGCAUCCACCCAUUCAGAUUCCACCAGAUGACCCUAAUAAUGUAAUCAGCAUUCCCACGCCAAUGGAAAGAAAUGGAGCCACUUAUAAAGGUUUACCAGUGAGCAGCUACGCACCCGGCGUUCUCAGCGGAGAUUUACAGAGCAUCAUGGGGCCCCUGAUAGCAAACGGAAACCCAAAAUUGAUGCAGGCAUUACAGAAGGAGUCCUGGCCGGCACCAGUGCUCUACACCGUCAUACGAGCGAUUCCUGUCACGCGCUGGAAGGAAUUUUUGCGACUGCUUUCUAUGUCAGAUGAUCAGAUGGAACGGAUCGAACUGGAAACAGGCCCGUCCUAUCUAGAAAAGCAGUAUCACAUGCUACGUCUGUGGAGCCAGAGCAGUGGAGCGACGAUGGAGAAUAUCUAUUCAGCAUUACACUACAUGAACCUAUCAGGCUGCGCCCAGGAACUGCAAGAGAAGCUAGAACAAUUGCAAGCAAGCGCGUAAAACCGACUCGUCUGGACCGCGUCUUCUCAUGUGUGUGAGCUGCAGUUGCAUUCACAAUCAAUCACCAGGAACUCUCAACAGAAGAUGAUCUGGAAUCACUCAGUCGUGGUUAAAAAUAUCCUUUGUAAACUGCUUUAUUUAAGCAUAAAAGUAGUGCAGAUUAUUAUGCAUACCAUAGGUUAACUUAUUACAAUUCUUAUUUUUGGUUAUAUGAAGCAGCCUUGUGUCACUAUACUUGUACAAAUGUGAAUAUUUAAAUGAUAAUUGAUGAAAUUUUGUUUCAGUUUCAGCAUCCAUCAACUAGUAGUUUUCGGGAAAAACUUAGCUGCUUGUUUGUGUUAUUAAGUUCUCAGUUUUAUUGUACAUGUGUGAAAGUGCUAUUUCAUACUCGCAUUGUCACGCCAGUAUACAUUUGUUACUUUUCUUAAUAAAAUAAAUAAAUAAAUAA